AUGUCUGCUCGUGUUAAUAACGAUGCUGAAGUUUUAACAAAAGUAUCUGAUAAAACAUCUAAUAAAAAAGCAAAAGUCGAAGAUAUCCGUGGUGGUAGUAAUAUCAGAAGUUGGAUUUGGUUAUACUUUGAUUCUGUGUCUAUUAAUAAUGAGAAAUAUGCGGUUUGUAAAGUUGAAACAGUAAAAGGAAAAAAGUGUGGUGAAAAAUACAAAAAUUCAACUAGUAAUUGUUCUAGACACCUUUCAAAUGUUCAUGGGAUAACCGAAAACCAGUUGGAAAAAUACAUUCGCGUAUUAGAAGUUGAAUUAGCAAAAGAUGCAAAUCUUGAUAAAGAUUCCAAGUAUCUGACCAAAAUAAUGUUGACAAAAGAUGAAUGGGACUUGCUCCGUAAUUUGAUUCCAGUUCUGGGCCUCUUCGAAGAAGCGACUAGAUACCUUGGUGGUAGCAAAUAUGUUACUUAUAGCACGAUGAAUCCUAUAAUGAUACAUAUCAUUGACAUGCUCAAACUCGUAUCAAUAUCACCAGAGGAAAUAAAUGUCGAAAACAUCAAAGAUAUUUUUGCGGAGCUUGAAAUUUGUGUUGAUAAUAACGAUACACAUAAAAAGAUAAAUUUGGAUAAACCUAUGCAAACAUCUGGUGUUUUGGAAAAAGUAAAGGAAACCUUGUAUCGUGCCAUGCGUUUUUACUGGAAAAAAGAUAAUAUCGAAUCCUAUUUACCUUCCAUCCUCGAUCCCCGCGUUAAAAAAUUUGAUUUUGCUUCAGAUAAAAUAAAACAGGUUCAGGAUCUGUUAAGAGCCAGAUAUCAAGAUGCGAAAGAUAGGUCAACAACCUCAACACCUACCACUAACACUUUGUCACCCGCUUCCUACUUUCAUAACGCUACUGUUUCUUCUUUUUACAAGCCAACGCUUUUGAACAUCUUUAACAAUCCAUCACCCCUUAAUUUACAGAGCGAGCUAGACGAGUACCUUGCGGUUCCACAGAUACCUUUUGAUUCCGAUCCCUUCAUGUGGUGGAACGUGAAUAAGGAUCGGUUUCCAGUCAUAAGCAGGUUAGCUCGUACGUACCUCGCAGUUUCGGCGACAUCCACACCCUCCGAAAGGUUAUUCUCAGAUGGUGGUAACAUGAUGGGACCUAAAAGGACGCGCAUGAACCCCGAAUUCUUUAAACGUUUGAUGUUUUUAAAACGUAAUCACAACUUUUUAGAUAGCAUUCACCCUUAA